AUGUGAGAUUCGGAUGCCGAUAAUUUUGUUUGAUUCCGUGAAGAAAAUUGCGCUUAUGACUUUAAAUAUGCCCGAUAAUUUAUUUAAGGAACGUUCUACUUAUCAUAUUGAUAGUAUAUGAUUGGAAUAUUUGGAGCAUAAGUGAAGCGAUUAUCGAUAAUUGUAUUAUAACUGGUGUAAGUUUAUCUCCAAAUAAGAAGUGGUUUGAAGCACGUUAGCAUCGGAACGGUAUUCGAAGAUCGUGUUACAAUGACUGAUCAACGUGUUACUUAAACCUAACAACAAUAACUCGUGUAGUUGCGCUGUGAAUGAUGGGAAGGCGGCCAUUCAAUCUGUGUGACAAUUAUUAUCGUUCGACUGAAUAAACUAGACGAAGUUUCUGACUCAUUUUUUUCGUAUAUUAAUAAGUGCAUUAUAGAUAUGGAUAAGUUCCGAGUUGGCGCUGGAGAAAUAAUUAAUGAAUAAAAAUAAUAAAUGGAUGCUAUUUGAAAUUAUCAAGGAGAAAUUUCAUUGGAAGCAUAUCUGUUUCAACUGGAUAAAAAUCCAUAUUUAUAUUUAUUAUCCUGUUGGAAUGGUGUUGACUACAGAGUGGGCUCAGGUGGAAGCAAUUGAAUUAACAAAUGAUGGAUCUGGUUUAGGAUUUGGAAUAAUUGGUGGCAGAAGUACUGGAGUUGUUGUUAAAACAAUCCUUCCUGGAAGUGUGGCAGAUAGAGAUGGUAGAUUACAAAGUGGAGAUCACAUUCUUCAUAUAGGAGAAGUGAACUUACGAGGUAUGGGAUCAGAACAAGUCGCUAUGGUACUUCGUCAGUCUGGAAAUCAUGUACGUCUGAUCGUUGCUCGUCCUGUGGAACCUAGCUCACCUAGUUAUAAUACAUUAAAUACUACUGCGCCUAUUUUACCUACCCGUUUAUUAUCGGAUCCAGAAGAAAUCGAAAGAAAUAUCAGUAUGUUUCAGCAGGCUGUUCAAAACGGAUUUUCUUUUACUCCUCAAUAUAAUAGUCGCGACUUUAACAUGCUGAACCAAUUACCCGAAGGUUUCGAUCCUGUUCAGUUACAGUUGCACAUGGAGCAGUCAUCUCAUUCUACAUCUCCCGACAGAAAUCCUCAUCAAUAUCGUCAAAAACUGCAAGAAGUGCCAGAAGAAGCGGAAGAAUUACCUGAAAUGGAAACUAUUGAUGUUCAGUUAACUAAAGAUCAACUUGGUUUAGGUAUUACUGUGGCAGGAUAUGUCUGUGAAAAAGAUGAAAUAACUGGUAUAUUUGUAAAAAGUAUUAGUAAAGGCAGUGCAGCUGAUAUGUGUGGAAAAUUGCGACUUAAUGAUCAAAUAAUUGAGGUUGAUGGAAGAACUCUACAAGGUUACACUAAUCAUCAAGCUGUAGAAGUAUUGCGUAAUACAGGAAAAGUUGUUAAAUUAAGGCUUGCUCGUUACCUCAGAGGAGUUAAAUAUGAGCAGUUAAAACAAGCUAUAUUUACAGGAGAAUAUUGUGUUCCAGCAACAACACAAGCACAAGUUCAUGAACCAAAAGUGAACACUUUAUCUUAUUUGGGAAACUUAAAGGAAACAAUUCAGAAAGAACAGUUAACAGAUGAAAAUGAUUAUGCAAUCAAUCCACUUUUAUUUGUUUCUGAACUUCUUUUGAAAAAAGAUGAGAUGGUAGCACAGAUAACAAAGUUUAAAGAAGGUGGUGGUUUAGGAAUUAGUUUAGAGGGUACUGUUGAUGUUGAAGAUGGCAAAGAAGUACGUCCUCAUCAUUACAUUGGCUCAAUUCUUUCUAAUGGUCCUGUUGGGAGAAAUGGUAAACUUUGUGUAGGAGAUGAACUUUUAGAGGUGAAUGGCAAAAGAUUGUUAGGAUUGAACCAUAGAGAAGUUGUGCAAAUAUUGAAAGAAUUACCAAAAUUAGUGUACUUAGUUUGUGCUCGUCAUCCCCAUCCACCUACUAAAGAUUUUCAUAUGUCCCCACUAUAUCAUUCAACACCAAAAAAAACUUGUGGUCAUUGUGCUGAAAUUUCUAGAAGGAAAACAAUAUCAACACGUUUAGUGAAAGCUAAAUCUGAUGGUUAUCUUGCAAUGGGAUUGUCACUUGUUUCUUCAAUACAUACUACUUUAUCUAAAUUAAGAUCAAGAUCUUUAGAACCUCUUGCUAGUCUUGCAACAUGGAGUAGUGAGCCUCAUAUUGUUGAACUUAUAAAAGGAGACAGGGGGCUUGGUUUCAGUAUUCUUGAUUAUCAGGAUCCAAUGAAUCUCAAUGAGACAGUGAUUGUUGUUCGAAGUCUUGUACCUGGAGGUGCUGCCCAACAGGAUGGAAGGCUAAUUCCAGGAGAUCGUUUACUCUUUGUUAAUAAUAUUAACUUAGAAAAUGCCAGUUUAGAAACAGCAGUUCAUGCAUUGCAGGGAGCUCCAAAAGGUUUAGUAAGAAUAGGAAUUGCUAAACCACUUCCAUGUCCAGAAAGUAACCAAAAUUCAGAAAUUCCACUUAAUGAAUCAUCUACUGGAGAAUUACUUUCAGAAAAUAUUACAAAAUCAGUAUAUAUGUCUUCAGGUUUUGAAUUUGAUCAGAAAUAUGAUGAUCAGUUACGAAGAAUAUCUAAUUUUCCACUCCGCCAAACCUCUCUCACACCAUCUUCACUUUUAUCAGGAGGUUUUACUUCAAGCAAGUCGACACCUUUAAGUAGUCCUGCCUUUUCUCCAAGUUCACGAUGGGAUAUUGAUAUACCACCACUUCCAAGUGCAUUGGAAAGAAUUGUCAGGAUUAAAAAAGGAACUGAUAGUCUAGGUUUGAGUGUAGAAUUAGUAGAAAAAGGAAUUAAUGGUAUGCUAGUUAAAUCUAUUGCACAGAAUAGUGCAAUUGAAAAAGACGGGAACUUGGCUAUUGGAGAUUAUGUUCUAUCUGUAAAUAAUGAAAGUAUGAGAAAAAUAACAAAGUCUCAAGCUAGAGCAAUCUUAAAAAGAGCAGAAUUAUUAAGUACAGAUAUCAUUAUAAAAUAUGUUCCUGGUCCAGAUGCAGCAGUCUAUCAUCAGUCAGCAUUGAUGGCUUUACAACAUGAUAGGGAAUCACCUUCAAUAAUUCUUCCUCGCCAAUUAUCUCCAAGGUCACCAAUCUUCCAUUCAAGACUUCCAGAAGAUACUAAUAAUGGUGAAUUAAGUGAAGAAAGUAUUGUGAGGUCACUUCCACUUGACAGUCACGAAGAUAAUCUUAGCCAAAUGCUUUCACCCUGUGCUCCUACUAGUGAAGGUUUAUCAACUAUUCCAACACCUUCUUCCUUUUCUACAGAUUUUUCUGAACUUAAAAGAUUAGAAGAUACAAGUCAAUCAGAAGAUGAUGAAAGGAAAGAUUUUAUGAUGGAUGAAGAAUCACAGAAUGAUUUAUCACAAGAGCAAGUAAGUGAAGAGACUGAAGAAAAAACAACAGAGAGAACCAUAUCACCUUCUUUUGCUGAAAUCAGAGCUGUGUUUUUAGCUAAAAGUGCUCCUUGUAAACCAUUUGUGCCUUUGAAACCAACAACUACAUCAUCAUCUGUACAAUCACUAGAAAACAGUGAAGAGAUUAAAGAUUCAAAAGAUGCUGACUCAUUUGUUUCUUCAGAUGACACAGAAUAUAAAAAUUUACUUCUAUUUGAAAAAAUAAAUAAUACUGUUAUACAAUGGGGUCCAAAAAGAUUGGUAGAAAUUUGGAGAGAAUCAGAUUCAGGUAUUGGAAUAAGCAUUGUGAAAGGUGUAAAACAGAAUGAUGACAAUUCUGAUACAGCUAAUUCAGGAAUUUUUAUUAAAAAUGUCCUUGAUGACAGUCCUGCUGGUCAGACUGGUGCUAUUCGAAAAGGAGAUAAAAUAUUGGAGGUAGAUGAUAUUGACAUAACCAAUAUGGAGUAUGAAAAAGUUAUAGACUUAAUUAGAAACAGUAGUAAUCCUGUAAAAUUUCUUUUACAAAGUCUUGUUGAAAUGGAAACAAUAAAAAAAAGUCCUGAACUUUAUAUUGAAGAAGAAAAAGAAGCAUCACCAAUUAAUGAACCAUUCAUUGAAUCAUAUUCAGUUAUUCCAAAUCCAGAGUUUUUGGCACCUAGACGACUGAGUGAUAGAAUAGAGAUUUUAAGUACUUCAAUUGAGGAAUCAGAAGAAGAAGAAGAAGUGGAAGAUGAGAUAGAUGACAGACAGAUCCAAGGAAAAAUAUAUAGCAAAGAAGGAUUGGAGAUUGAUCGAGCUAGUGCUGCUCAUAUUAAAUUAUCUUCAGAAGAUUUAACAGAAGAAGAAGAUGAAUUUGGCUAUUCAAUGAGUGAGUUUUUGUAAAAUUAUAAUUUUUUAUUACUAAUAU